UUUGAAGAAUAUGGCUUCUAGCGUCGGCCUCGGUGUUUGUCUGGCGAUAGGAGUGAUUUUGAGAUUGUCACUAUUUAGAACAGGCAUUCCACAAUGGUUUUCAGACCGUGUAGAAAUUAGCAAUGCAUUGACAUCAUGGCAAAAAACAUUGGAUGGAAUUGCUUUAGCUGAUAACAACAUUUCCCCUUACAAUGGAGACCUUUUUCAUGAGACCCCAAUUAUGUUGAAUGUGUUCAGUUUUGUCACCAAGUUGAUGCCUAAUAAGAUACAUUACUUCUUUGUGUUUCUGGAUAUACUCAGUGGCCUUGUUAUCGCAAGUAUUGGAAAACAUUUUAGUAGAUACCUGCUGCAGAAACAGUUGUCAGAGGUAAAGAAAUAUGCUGUAGGUGUGGAGAAGAUAAUAAUAAAAAAAGAUGAUGUUGACAUGAUGCAGAUGUCAUUAUUAGCAGCUCACUUCUUGAACCCAUACAGUAUAGCAGUAUGCCUGGGUAAAUCUACAGCAGUGAUUAACAACCUGUUCAUCUACCUAUCAUUCAUGUUUAUGCUGAAAGGUAUGUACAUUUCUUGUGUUAUGUUAAUGCAAGAAUUCUCAAUUCCUAGACAUUGGGUUACAGGUAUUUUAUAA